ACUGUGCGCGCGAUCGCAGCGCGGGCGAGCCGGCGGGACUAGGAACCCCAGCGCCCGGCGGCCAGUGCGCGGCGCCAGCUCAGUCAGCGCUCCUGUUUCCUGCGGCUGGUGCGGGAACUGUCAGCAGCGCGUUGCAGGAGGGACCAGACAGAGAAGCCGGAUUUGCCUCCGUCCCAGAGAAGCCCGGAGUCACCCGGAGACACCGGGGAACGAGGCGGCUCCCCCAACGGCAGAGCGGGCAGGAACUUCCUCUGGACUAUUCAAAAUGGUUUUUAAACACACUGGAUAAGUGCUGAGCCCCCUGCCUGUGUGGGACUCCAUCUGCACGGCUCCACUGCCUGCUGAUGGCAUUUUGACUGCAUCAAGGCUGAGUGAUCAGAUGCCCAUGAUGAGUGAUGAGAGAAACCUUGGUGUGUCCCAAAAAUUGGUCUCACCUUCACGGAGCACAAGUAGCUGUUCCUCCAAGCAAGGAAGCCGACAGGACAGCUGGGAAGUGGUGGAAGGACUGAGGGGAGAGAUGAAUUACACCCAGGAGCCACCUGUGCAGAAAGGAUUUUUGCUGAAAAAGAGGAAAUGGCCCUUAAAAGGCUGGCACAAGAGAUUCUUCUACCUGGACAAAGGAAUCUUGAAAUAUGCCAAGAGCCAAACUGACAUCGAGAGGGAGAAGCUGCAUGGCUGCAUUGACGUGGGGCUGUCGGUGAUGUCUGUAAAGAAGUCUUCCAAGUGCAUAGAUCUUGACACUGAAGAGCACAUCUACCACCUGAAGGUGAAGUCAGAAGACGUGUUUGACGAGUGGGUAUCCAAACUCCGUCACCACAGAAUGUAUCGCCAGAAUGAAAUUGCCAUGUUUCCACGUGAUGUUAAUCACUUUUUCCCAGGGUCCACCAUCACCGACUCUGCGGCAGGGGCAUUUGACUCCAUUUCCAGUAGGAAGCGUAGCAGUAUAUCAAAGCAGAAUUCAUUUCAAACCGGAAGCAAUUUAUCAUUUUCUUGUGGUGGUGAGACACGAGUUCCAUUCUGGCUACAGUCUUCAGAGGACAUGGAAAAAUGCUCAAAAGACCUGGAACACUGCCAUGCCUAUCUGGUAGAAAUGAGCCAGCUGCUACAGAGCAUGGAUGUCCUACAUCGGACGUACUCAGCGCCAGCCAUCAACGCCAUCCAGGGUGGAGCUUUUGAAAGUCCCAAAAAGGAAAAACGAUCACACAGGAGGUGGCGGUCCAGAGCUAUGGGCAAAGAUGCUAAAGGAACGCUGCAGGUCCCUAAACCUUUUUCUGGCCCAGUAAGACUACACUCCUCCAAUCCUAAUUUAUCAACACUAGAUUUUGCAGAAGAGAAAAAUUAUUCUGAUGGCUCCGAAACUUCAUCAGAGUUUUCUAAAAUGCAAGAAGAUCUGUGUCAUAUUGCCCAUAAAGUUUACUUCGCUUUAAGGUCGGCUUUUAAUAGCAUCUCAACGGAGAGAGAGAAACUGAAGCAGCUGAUGGAGCAGGAUGCCUCCUCCUCCCCUUCUGCUCAGGUCAUUGGGCUGAAGCACGCUCUGUCAUCCGCCCUAGCACAAAAUGCAGAGCUUAAAGACCGCUUGCGCAGAAUCCAUACGGAGUCUCUGCUCCCGGACCUGCCCGCUGUUCCCAAGUUGGGUGACAAUCUGGCAGAGGACAACUCCAGAGAUGAAAACCGAGCCCUGGUUCACCAGCUGUCCAAUGAGAGCAGGCUCUCUAUCACUGACUCCCUUUCAGAAUUUUUUGAUGCACAAGAAGUUCUCUUGUCUCCAAGCUCUUCAGAAAAUGAGAUUUCUGAUGACGAUUCAUACGUCAGUGACAUAAGUGAUAAUCUUUCCUUAGAUAAUCUCAGUAAUGACUUAGAUAAUGAAAGACAGACCUUGGGACCUGUUCUUGAAAGCAGUGGAGAAGCAAGGUCCAAAAGAAGAACUUGCUUGCCGGCACCAGGCCCCAACACCAGCAAUAUCAGCUUGUGGAACAUCCUGCGAAACAACAUAGGCAAGGACCUGUCCAAAGUGGCUAUGCCUGUGGAGCUGAAUGAGCCCCUGAACACGCUGCAGAGGCUCUGUGAGGAGCUGGAGUACAGUGAGCUACUGGACAAGGCCGCACAGAUCCCCAGCCCCCUGGAAAGGAUGGUAAGGACCCAGCUCUUUGCCACGUCGCUGUCCAGCCUCUGUCCUGAGCCACAUGGUGGUUCACCUGAGCCCACCAGAACCCAGGUAUACAUGGCAGCCUUUGCUAUAUCUGCAUAUGCGUCGAGCUACUUCCGAGCUGGGAGCAAGCCAUUUAAUCCUGUCCUUGGAGAGACGUACGAGUGUAUUCGAGAGGACAAGGGCUUCCGGUUUUUUGCAGAACAGGUCAGCCACCAUCCCCCUAUCUCUGCCUGUCACGCUGAGUCUGGAAAUUUUGUUUUCUGGCAAGAUGUGAGAUGGAAAAACAAAUUCUGGGGCAAAUCCAUGGAAAUCGUCCCAAUUGGCACAACCCAUGUGACUUUACCUGCUUUUGGAGAUCAUUUUGAGUGGAACAAAGUGACCUCUUGCAUCCACAACAUCUUAAGUGGACAGAGGUGGAUUGAGCACUAUGGAGAGAUUGUCAUCAAGAACCUGAGUGAUGAUUCCUGCCACUGCAAAGUGAACUUCAUAAAGGCAAAAUACUGGAGCACUAAUGCCCAUGAGAUUGAAGGCACGGUGUUGGACAGGAGUGGGAAGGCUGUGCACCGGUUGUUUGGGAAGUGGCACGAGAGCAUCUACUGCGGAGGCUCCUCAUCCUCCACGUGCAUCUGGAGAGCCAAUCCCAUGCCGAAAGGCUGUGAGCAGUAUUACGGCUUCACACAGUUUGCGUUGGAGUUAAAUGAAAUGGAUUCAUUGUCAAAGUCUUUAUUACCACCUACCGACACUCGAUUUAGACCAGAUCAAAGGUUUCUAGAAGAAGGGAAUAUAGAAGAAGCUGAAAUACAAAAGCAGAGGAUUGAACAGCUACAGAGAGAGAGGCGGCGGGUCUUAGAAGAAAACAGUGUGGAGCACCAGCCUCGGUUUUUCAGGAAAUCCAGUGAUGACUCUUGGGUGAGCAAUGGCACCUAUUUGGAACUUAGGAAAGAUCUGGGCUUUUCCAAAUUGGACCAUCCUGUUUUGUGGUGAAAAAAAGCAAAGAAGAAGAAAGAUGCAUUAGUGUACUCCCCGCAUGUGCUUCUGGAAGCAGCACAACCUGUGCCCGCGUAUUUAAAGGCGGCCUCUGGGAUGAUACUGUGCUUAGCUUAGCUUUGUAAGUAUUUAAGUGCAGCGUUUCUUCAGUAGGUCUCUUUACAGUUCCGAAUGUUAUCAUGGCUGCUUAUAUGAAUGUAGAACACCUUGGCAUUUCUUUUUAUAUAUGAACUAUUUAAUAAAAAUGAAAGAUUGAAUGUUAAUGUGUGGAUUCAAAAAGAAGCUUUAACACUAAUUUUCCAAAGGUUAGGAAAGAUUCAGAUUACAUUUAUGCCUUACAAAAUUAUGUUGGAGGAAAAAAAAAAUCAACCUCUCCCAGGUGCGUUAAGUAAGAACUCCCAGGGUUACUCACCGAUGUGUAAGCUACCCAAGUUUAAUGUGGUAGCUGAGAUAUC